AUGGACAGAGCGGCGCUCCUGGGACUGUCGCGCCUGUGCGCGCUGUGGGCAGCCCUGCUCGCGCUGUUCCCCUGUGGAGCCCAAGGAAAUUGGAUGUGGUUGGGCAUCGCCUCCUUCGGGGUUCCGGAGAAGCUGGGCUGCGCCAACUUGCCGCUGAACAGCCGCCAGAAGGAGCUGUGCAAGAAGAAACCGUACCUGCUGCCCAGCAUCGGAGAGGGCGCGCGGCUGGGCAUUCAGGAGUGCAGGAGCCAGUUCAGACACGAGAGGUGGAACUGCCUGGUCACCGCCGCCGCCCCGCCGGGCACCAGCCCCCUUUUUGGCUACGAGCUGAGCAGCGGUACCAAGGAAACAGCAUUUAUUUAUGCUGUGAUGGCAGCAGGCCUGGUGCAUUCUGUGACCAGGUCUUGCAGUGCAGGCAACAUGACCGAGUGCUCCUGUGAUACCACCUUACAGAAUGGCGGUUCAGCGAGCGAAGGCUGGCACUGGGGGGGCUGCUCCGACGAUGUCCAGUAUGGCAUGUGGUUCAGCAGAAAGUUCCUAGAUUUCCCCAUCAGAAACACUACAGGAAAAGAAAGCAAAGUACUUUUAGCAAUGAACCUGCACAACAACGAAGCUGGAAGGCAGGCUGUCGCCAAGUUGAUGUCCGUGGAUUGCCGAUGUCACGGAGUUUCCGGCUCCUGCGCUGUGAAAACGUGCUGGAAAACUAUGUCUUCUUUCGAAAAAAUUGGCCAUUUGUUGAAGGAUAAAUACGAAAACAGUGUCCAAAUCUCGGACGAAAUAAAGAGGAAAAUGCGCAGAAGAGACAAAGAUCAGAAGAAAAUACCCAUUCGCAAGGAUGAUCUCCUCUACGUUAAUAAGUCUCCCAAUUACUGUGUUGAGGAUAAGAAACUAGGGAUCCCCGGGACCCAAGGCAGAGAAUGCAACCGCACGUCGGAGGGCGCGGACGGCUGCAACCUCCUUUGCUGUGGCCGAGGCUACAACACCCACGUGGUCAGGCACGUGGAGAGGUGCGAGUGCAAGUUUAUUUGGUGCUGCUACGUCCGCUGCAGGAGGUGUGAAAGCAUGACUGACGUCCACACUUGCAAGUAGCCCCUCCGGCCAGCUUCUCACCGUGCAGGCCUGGUGAAGCUGACCCCUGCCUCCUCUAAGUCCCAGACCCUGGCGCUUGGCGCUGAGCUCCCUUUACCCAACAGAUAGCCGAUCACACACAGAGCGCAUGGAUUUUGGGGGAGGAAGGAGCAGAGUUGACAAGGUUUGGGUUCAUUUUUUGCUGGUUUAGAAAUAUAUAUUGACACACCAGGAAGAUAAUCUGACUCCUGAAGAAGAAAGAACAGGAAGGAGCCUUCACACGGGAAGACCUGGUCCAUAUUCAGGAUAAAGAUCUGGAUUGUGGAACUCAGCUGCGGAACUCAGCAGUAGUGGGUGAAUAUUAGGCGUUUUUGAAAGACACUUCUAGCAGCAAGGAACAGUAAACAGGAUCUCAUUUAUUCUUUCAACAUUUUAGAUGAAGAAAUCAUACUGUUCGCGCAUAGAAACAGAUGCCGGAAAGUUAACAGAAGUACUGGGUGCUUAGUUUCCCUUUCAUGCAUUUCGAAAAAAGGGCAAUUAAAACGAAUUUCCCUUAGUGAUACUGUGUGCCUAAAAAGUGUUUGCUAGAGAUGUUUAGUGACAAAAGGGAAGAAUCUAAACGUAAAAAGUAAAAUGUAUGGUUUGGAUUUUAAGUGCCUUUUAACUAGGAGAAUUUAUCUAGAAAAAUUUCAGUCAGAUAUACAGCACUUUUUCUAUCCUUGGCUUCAUUUUUAAAAAAUUUAAAUUCAAGUUAGU